UGUGGUGGUUUCCUCUACGCAAAGAGUUUUCUCUCUGAUACCUACAAAAGCUCUAUAUAUAAAUAUACAAACCCAAACCCAAACCCACUUUCCUCCUUCUCUCCUCUCCCAUCCUUACUCAGCCCAACCCAAACGCCAUUACCGAGAACCAAUCUCAAACCGUGUCCCCUCUCUCUCUCUCUCUCUCUCUCAGUCUUUGACAGAUAGCCGAACCCUGAAUCCACUACCUUCCUUCUAAUCUUGCCGACAAUAUUGCUCUUCUGCUCCUUUUAUUUGACUGAUUUUUCUUUCUUGUGUAUCUACUUUGAUCUGAAACCCCAAAUCGCUGUCUGGGUAUCGGAGAUUGUUGGUCAAUUUGUUUAUUUCUUGUGGCAGCUCUACUGAUUGUUGAAGUAUUUAGGAGUAGUAUUUGAAUUUGUUAUUUGCUUUUUAGUAUAUAUGGGCUAAGGUGUACAUUUCAUGGGAGGCAUAGAGGAUGAAGAACCACCCUCAAAACGUGUAAAAAUAUACUCUGGAAAGUUGGGAGAUCUUUUGAACGGAAUGUCUCAUAGAGAGCCUGCAAAUUGCUCUCUAGCGUUCCAAGGGGAGGACGAAGUUGUUGGUUCAAAAGGAGUUGUCAAGAAAGUUGAAUUUGUUCGAAUCAUAGCUGAGGCAUUAUAUUCUCUUGGUUAUAAGAAGACUGCAGAACAACUAGAGGAAGAAUCGGGGAUACGUUUGCAUUCUGCAGUUGUAAAUUUGUUUAUGCAGCAAAUCCUUGAUGGAAAGUGGGAUGAAAGUGUAGCUACUUUACAUCGAAUUGGUAUAGUGGAUGAAACCAUUAUAAAGUUGGUAUCUUUUUUGAUAUUUGAGCAGAAAUUUUUUGAGCACUUGGAUGGAGAUGAUGUCAUGGGUGCUUUGAAAACUUUGAGGACAGAUAUAGCUCCUCUAUGCAUAAAGAGUGAUCGAGUCCGUGAGCUAUCCUCAUGUAUCACAUCUCCUCCACCAAAGGCUCUUGUUGGGAUAUCAAGUCUGGGUACUCUGAGGGUGAAGUCUCGCUCAAAAUUGCUGGAAGAAUUGCAGAGAUUACUUCCGCCUACCGUUAUGAUACCUGAAAAGAGAUUGGUACAGCUUGUUGAACAGGCUCUUGACUUGCAGCUUGAUGGUUGUAGGUUUCACAACUCUUUUGUGGGUGAAAUGUCAUUACUCACUGAUCAUCAGUGUGGCAGAGAUCAAAUCCCUUCUCGAACUUUACAGAUCUUGCAGGAGCAUAAGGAUGAAGUCUGGUUUUUGCAGUUUUCUUAUGAUGGGAAAUACUUGGCCUCAUCAUCUGUAGAUUGUUCGGUUAUUAUAUGGGAGGUCAAACAAGAUGGUCAAGUCUGCUUGAAGCAUCGGCUUAAUGGUCACCAAAAACCUGUGAGUUAUGUUUCGUGGAGUCCUGAUAACAAUCAGAUUCUCACCCUUGGAAUGGAGGAAGUUGUUAGACGAUGGGAUGUGGCAUCUGGGGAAUGUGUUCAUGUUUACGAGAAAAGUGGUCUAGGUUUGAUCUCUUGUGGAUGGGCUUCCGAUUGCCACAGAAUAUUUACUGGUGUUAACGACAAAAGCAUAGUGAUGUGGGAUGUAAAUGGUAAGGAGUUGGAAUGUUGGAAAGGGCACACCGAUAAGAUAUCGGACAUUGGGAUCAGUAGCGAUGGGAAGCAGAUUGUUUCUCUUGGUAAAGAUAAUGUGAUAGUUGUAUUUGCAUGGGAGACCAAAACCGAGAAAUAUAUUGUGGAGGAUAAACACAUAACGUCGUUUGUAUUAUCGAGAGAUGAUAAGAGUGUUCUGGUUAGUCUGUUGAACCAAGAAAUCCAUGUUUGGAAUAUAGACGGAAGUGUCAAGUGUAUAGCCAAAUAUAAGGGCCACAAGCGGUGCCGCUAUGUCGUGAGGUCGUGUUUCGGUGGACUAGAUCAAGCGUUCAUCGCUAGUGGAAGUGAGGACUCACAGGUUUACAUAUGGCAUAGAGGGUCGGGAGAGCUUGUUGGGAUGCUGCGGGGGCAUUCUGGGACCGUAAACUGUGUGAGCUGGAACCCGGUGAACCCUCACAUGCUGGCGUCUGCAAGUGAUGACCGGACAAUUCGCAUAUGGGGAUUGGAGCAGGUAAACAUGAAGAAGAAGGAGGCUAACGGCGUUGUUGUUAGUAACGGCGUCCACUAUUGCAAUGGUGGAACCUGAAAGCAUAAUAAUCUCAGCAUGUUUGUGUUUCACCAAAGGUUUCUUUCCCAAACCAUUGCUUUUAUAUAUGUAAAUUCUUUGUCAAGCUGACAUUUAUAUGGAACAAGAAUGUGAAAUCUGCAUUCCCUUCGCCUUCAGUAAUAAACCUGUACUUUUGAUUCUCA